UUACAAAAAGCCUUGGCAGAGGGUGCCAGCGUGGAAGAAAUUCGACAAAUGUGUUACCAUAAGUCUUUGCCAGAUGAGUAUCGAGCAGAGAUUUGGAAGAUAUGUCUAAACGUCAAGAAUAAACCGGAUGGUUUAAGUGAUUGGAAAGAAGAGUUAAAUAUGGAACAGCAGACAAUUUUACGUGAAGACUGUAUGAGAGAGAUUGCUAAACUGCAAUUGGAUGAUCAAGAGAAAGAAGCACAAAUGCUGUGCGACAUGGAAUCAGUUUUAACUUUUUAUUGUCAUGCAAGACAAUUAACGUAUGUGAAGGAAAAUGGAUGGCCAGAAUUACUCCUACCUUUUGCUGCUUUGAGCUUACCUCGUUCUGAUUUAUACAACUGUUUUUAUGCCUUUAUUUCCAAAUUCAUACCAAGAGAAUGUCAUCGAUCUCCGAAGCCGUUUCAGGUUUUUAGGUUACUUCUUCAGUAUCAUGAACCAGAGCUGUGCUUAUUCUUAGAUACUAAAAAGAUAUCACCUGAAAUGUAUACGAGAAAAUGGUUUCGAAGUCUUCUUGAAAGUGUGUGUGAUUUCAAAGCCACUAGGACCAUUUGGGAUAUUUAUUUCAUAAAUAAUGAUCCUUUUCUAGUUUUUUUCAUGGCAUUAGUACUGCUACUUAAUGCUAAGGAGUUAAUUAUGAGCAUGAAAGCUGAUGAGAAAGAAAAAAUUUGUGAUACCAUCAAGAGCAUUCCAUCAGAGAUGGGCCCCAAUGACGUUCCAGAUUUCAUAUCGCUUGCUGAGUAUUACGAACAAAGAACUCCAGUUUCUUUAAAACGAAAAUACUAUGUACCUCUCUUUGGAUCAAGUGAAGUUGACGUUGAAGCGGAUGAUUUAUUCAACCUACUGUGCCUUCCUAUAUCAUUAGAAGAAAUAAUUGAAGCACAAAAACUUUCUUCGAAUGAAAAUGAAGUAGCUUAUUUUGUUGUCGAUUGCCGACCUGCCGAACAGUAUAAUGCUGGACAUUUACCAACAGCUUUUCACUUAGAUGCAAAUCUCAUGUUACAAGAGCCUACAGAGUUUUCGGCUGCUGUGCAGGCAUUACUGUCAACAAAGAAACAUUUUAUCGAUAAUGGUUCAAAAUCAGCUGGAGAGUACAUGUGUUUUAUAGGCUCUGGUAGAGAACUGGAAGAUCAAUACUUACAUAUGGUUAUUGCUUAUUUUCUUCAGGUGCUUGAAGAAAUCCUAUCAAUAUCGUUUAUUAAUUUUAUUAUUUUCUGUCAACCACUAGGCAAUUUACCGUCAGAUAGUUUAGAUCCACAAUUGGCAGAAUUAAUAUCCUCACUGGUGAUCAAAUAUUCCUCUAAAGAUGAACAGUCAUCGAAUACAGAUGAAGGUGGUAGUGGUAGUAGUAGUGGCUUAGUUUCAAGAUUAUCUUUAUCAUUUAAACAAAGAUCCACGAAAUUGUUUGGUAGCCAAGGCCCGGAUAGUAAUAGGCAUUUAAAGCCCGAUACCUCAGGAAAGCCGUAUAGAGCUCAAAAAUCCAUCUUUAGUAUUGGUGACGAUGAUAAUGGUAAUUUAUUUUUCACUAGUAAACUUAGCAAUCCACAGAAGGAGAUUGUUAAUAUUUUUACAUGGAAGAAGCGUAAUGAUGUGGUGUAUUACUGCAAUUGUAAGCAAAUCAUGAAUGAUGGAUCGGCAGUUAGAGGUCAUAUUAUUGUAACUACAACUCUACUAUUUAUUCUGCACGAUAUUCCCGAUCGUCAAAGUCUAGUAUCUAUUGAGGGUCGGCAUGAUCUCAAAUCAAUUGUAAAAAUUACGGCUAAAAAGAAUAAUCCUAAUAUUAUUACGUUCAAAUUCGGCUUUGCUGAUGGUAAUGAUAUCCAGAUUGUCAGUAUACAGCGAUUUUGGAUCGAUAAAGCUGACAGAGCAACCAAAGUGAUCACGGAUAGUAUCGUAAAAUUGUUUGCCGAUGAAGAAAGCAACGAAGGUGAAGCGCAGGAUACACAAACUGAGAUUUUCAAGAUAUAA